AUGCCACCUCCCCUGCCUACCCCUCCCUUUCCAGCAAAGCCUCACACUGCAGAACAGCUACAGCUUGACAGCACAAGCCACUUUGGUCAGAGACCUUGUCGAUGGCAAAGUGAUAUUGCAUUCCAACUGGUUCAUCGGAGAAAUUUGGUGUCCAUUUCUGCUACAGGUUCUGGGAAGAGCUUUAUCUUCUGGCUUCCCAUGCUAUAUGAGAAUGGACUCACGAUAAUUGUUGUUCCAUUGAAGAACCUAGGACAGCAGCUUGCUGAUGAAUCUUCUCGGAGGGGAUUCUGCACUGUGUCAGUGACAGCAGAGCUGUUGGGAGAGUCACUGACAUUGCUCGAAGAGAUCAAGUGCCUGCAGUUCCGAACAGUUGUCCUAUCUCCUGAGCUAGCAGUCGACCCACGCUUCAUGCGCAUCUGGAAUGAACCAAAAAUCAAGAAAAAGAUAAAUCGCGUAAUUAUUGAUGAAGCCCACUGUGUCAGUCAGUGGGGAAGAGACUUCCGAUCAUCAUAUUUACAUCUCUCCUGCCUGCAUGCCGUCCUGGGAGAAGUAUCCUGGUAUUUGACAUCAGCAACACUUCACUCACAUGUGCUCCAAGACACCCUCCGUAUAAUCGGGCUACACCGGAAUACUAUGAUCUACUGUCGUUCCAAUGAUAGGCCAAACAUCCAUCUCUGUGUGCGGAAGAUGAAGUAUUCUAUCACUUCUCACCUUGAUCUUGCAUUCCUUGUGCCACUGAAUCCUGAGAUUGACAACUCAGACUGGGUCAGACAAAAUAUUCCGCAAUUCCUCAUCUACUGUAACUCACAAGUGGAUGCUGAAAGUACGGCACUCUUCUUACGAAGCCGCAUACCAGUGCAUGCUCGUCAUCGGAUUGUCUGGUAUCAUUCAGGGAUGUCAGAUGCAUUUAAAAAGGAGACGAUUGAGGAAUAUGAGAGGGGGGGAAUAUUAGGCCUCUGCUGUACAGACGCCUGUGGGAUGGGUCUUGAUUUACGUCGCGUCAGAAUUGUUGUCCAGUACCGACUCCUGAAGAAAAUUGAUGCCAUUGUACAGCGUUUUGGGCGCGCAGGACGUGACUCCUCAAUCCAAGCAACUGCUAUCCUCCUGGUUGAGAAAACGUACUUC